UCAGCCCCCUCCUGGCGCCUCUUCGGCCGCCAGGCCAACGCCUGCUUCCUCACGGGCACGACGGCCCUGCCGGCCAUCGUCGAGGAGGACGUCGCCGGGUUCCAGGACCUCGUGACGUGCGACGCCGGCACCACGACGCUCCAGGGCAUCCCCGACGUGCAGGCGGGCAACGUCAAGUUCUCGUCGGUCAACUUUGCCGACGCCGCGGGCGGCGUGUCGCCGCUGCAGUUCGCCCUCGACACGUUCGCGACGAGCGAGCCCCUCGCCGACAACGACCUCAACACGUUUACGAACCAGCUCGUCGUCUACCUCGCCACCGAGGCCGGCAUCCGGUCCAACGGCGGCGACGUCGGCCAGAUCAAGAUUCCCAAGUUCUUCCUCGAGAUGCAGGUGUCGCGCAUCCGCGUCGCGCAGGGCGACACGCCGGCCGAGGCGGGCCUGCAGGUCGACCACCUGCGCGACAAGGUGCUCACGAACGGCGCCGGCGAGGACCAGGCGCUCAAGGACCAGGUGACGCAGCUCGCGGCGCAGACGGCAUGA